UAACACUCUUCCCCCUCCAGUAUAUGCUCAACCAAUCAGGAGUUUCCAACCGAGAAUCGCAUAGCAUAAAAAGUGGAAGACAGACGCGCUGGAGCGCAUUUUACGUUUUACAAUUACGUUGAACGCGUCGUUGAAAGUUCUUAGUUUCGAUUAGAAUACAAUGGCUCGUACCAAACAAACCGCACGUAAAUCAACUGGUGGAAAGGCGCCACGUAAACAAUUGGCGACUAAAGCUGCUCGUAAGAGUGCUCCUGCUACUGGUGGAGUGAAGAAACCUCAUCGUUACAGGCCUGGAACUGUAGCGCUUCGUGAAAUUCGACGAUAUCAAAAAAGCACUGAACUUCUAAUCCGAAAAUUGCCAUUUCAACGUUUAGUUCGUGAAAUUGCUCAAGAUUUCAAGACAGAUUUAAGAUUCCAGAGUUCUGCUGUCAUGGCUCUCCAAGAAGCUAGCGAAGCUUAUCUCGUUGGUUUAUUUGAAGAUACCAAUCUAUGUGCGAUUCACGCCAAACGUGUUACGAUCAUGCCGAAAGACAUUCAGUUGGCUCGUCGUAUUCGUGGAGAAAGAGCUUAAAUUGCUACUUUUUAAAAAUAACAAUCGGCCUUUUUAGGGCCAAAAUUUUGUAUAAUGUGGCAA